AUGCGUACCACCACCUCAGUAAAUGACUCCCUGGACCAUUCAAGUUCCUCCUGCGUAGACGCCAAAGAGGGAUUUUCAACGUCUUGUCCUACCAUCGAAAAAGGCGAAGAACUUCCACCACCGGCCCAGCGAGAUUCUGAUGAUUUCCCUGAAGGCGGAGUUCGCGGGUGGCUGACGGUCAUUGGGGGGGCGUUAGUUGCCUUCUGUACUUUCGGUGUGGUACAGUCGUUCGGUGUUUACCAAGACUUCUACACGCGCACAUGGUUGAACGAGAAGACGCCAUCCGAGGUCAGCUGGAUUGGGUCAGUCCAGGUCUUCCUGGUCUUUGCGAUCGGCCUCCCAGCCGGUCGCCUGCUUGACCUAGGCUACUUCCACCAUACGAUGAUCAGUGGCACUGUUAUUUUUGCGCUUUCGAUCUUCAUGUUGUCACUAUCCCAGCCGCAUCACUAUUAUCAGAACUUCCUUGCUCAAGGGCUCGGGAUGGGUUUGGGAAUGGGUUUAAUGUUCAUUCCGGCUUUGACCAUGACAUCACAUUAUUUCCGGCGGAAAAGGUCGCUGGCUAUGGGCGUCGUUGUUUCUGGGUCCAGCAUUGGCGCAUGCAUCUAUCCAGUCCUACUAAACAACUUGUUCGGAAGGAAAUCUGGCUUCGGCUGGGGUGUCAGGGCUGUCGGAUUCCUCGACGUCGGGCUGCUUCUGAUAGCCAACUUCUUGAUGAAACCGCGACUGCAGCCUCGAAAAGGCACCAAUCAAUCACCACCUGCCACCUUCAGAGAUAUAGCCAACGAUGCUCCUUUCUGGGUUUUCGUUGCUGGGACGUUCUUGGUCUUUUGGGGUGUUUUCGUUCCAUUCUUCUAUCUUCAGCUGUAUGCCGCAGUAUAUGGCGUAGAUCCCCAAUUCUUGAAGUACGCGAUCACUGUUAUGAAUGGCGCCUCGAUAUUAGGUCGAACGAUCCCCAACCUGGUUGCUGACCUUCUGAUUGCAUCGUCUAUUAUCUCAGGCGCCUUGAUGUUCGCUCUCUUUGGGGCUACCAGCGUCGGAGGCGUCGCCACCUUCGGCAUCUUUUACGGUUUCUUUUCUGGCGGGGUCAUCUCCCUCGCAGCGCCUGCUGUGGCCUCGUUCAUCACCCAUCCUGACCUCUCUGAUCUAGGAAUCCGCAUCGGAGUGCUAUCGUUCUCCUUGGCCUUCGCUCUGUUGACGGGGAACCCCAUCGCUGGCGCCCUUCUCACCUCUAAUCACCACUGGCAACGACCACUAACCUUCGCUGCGGUCGUGGUUUUCGCCGGUGCAUUGUGUUAUCUCCUGGUUUGGAGAUCUCUCGUCAGCCGUAGGAAGACGAAAGCAAUCUAA